AUGGCCUUGCUCCAGGUGCCCUGCCAGGCCCCGGCGGCACCGCCGGCGCCGCGCAGCGCGGCGCUUGGCGCGGUGGCCGCGCCCCGCCCGCCCCGACGGCCAGCGUCUGUGGCGGGGGCGGGCUGCCGCGGGCUGCUCGGAGGCAGAGGCGCUGCCGCGGCGGCCGGCCUCGGCCUCGCGGCGGCUGCGCGCGGCGCGGCCGCGGCGGAGCGGCCGCGCCGCGGGAGGGGCGCUGCGGGCGGCGGGCGCGCGCAGGUGCGCAGGCUGGCGACAGCGGAGACCGUAUUAGACAUCAAAGAGGUCAUGGCGCAAAGCACAGACGAGGCCCAGAAGAAGAUCCUGAACGGGCUCAACCUGACCAUCCGGCAGGGGGAGACCCACGCGAUCAUGGGCCCCAACGGCUCGGGCAAGAGCACCCUCUCCAAGGUUCUCAUCGGCGACUCGUCCUACGAGGUGCUGGGGGGCUCCGCCACGUUCGGCACCGAAGACCUCUUCGGCAUGGAGCCGCACGAGCGGUCGCAGGCCGGGCUGUUCCUGGCCUUCCAGUCUCCGCCGGCGCUCCGGCUCGGCGGGACCCUUCCGGCCUCUGGCCCGCGGCUGCGCGCGCUGCCUGCCCCAGCUCGACGUCAUUGA